UCUGGAGAAUUUGAUUGGUCAUAUCUAGUGGUUUUAGGAAAUGGGAUUCUUCUCAUUGGUGACAGGAAGGCCUGGUGCAAGUGGGUUUGGAUCAGCUUCAACUGCUGAGCAAGUCACUAAUGGGAUUGAUGCAAGAAACCUCACUGUCAUUGUCACUGGUGGGUCGAGCGGGAUUGGGCUGGAGACGGCAAAGAUCUUGGCUCUUCGAAGAGCACAUGUCAUAAUUGCUGCUAGAAACAUUGAGGCUGCAAACGAAGCGAAAAAGCUCAUUCUUGAAGAGAAUGAGAAGGCUCGAGUUGAUGUUCUUCAACUUGACCUCUGCUCAGUCAACUCUGUUAGAGCAUUUGUUGAUAACUUCAUUGCACUUGAUCUUCCUCUCAAUCUCCUAAUAAACAACGCUGGUGUUAUGUUCUGCCCUCAUCUGCUUUCAGAAGACGGUAUAGAGAUGCAGUUUGCUACAAAUCAUCUCGGUCAUUUUCUCUUGACAAACCUCCUACUUGAGAAAAUGAAGCACACGGCUAAAACCACCGGCGUUGAAGGCAGAAUUGUGAACCUGUCAUCGAUUGCUCACAUACACACCUACGACAAUGGGAUUCGAUUUGAAAGGAUCAAUGAUCGAAGUGGUUACUCGGACAAAAGAGCAUAUGGACAAUCCAAACUGGCCAAUAUACUCCACGCUAACGAGCUCUCCCGUAGGUUGCAGGAAGAAGGUGUGAAUAUCACUGCCAACUCGGUCCACCCAGGAAUAAUAAUGACACCUCUGAUGAGGCACUCUGCUCUUCUAAUGAAAACUUUUAGGUUUUUCACCUUUUGCAUUUGGAAGAAUGUUCCUCAGGGAGCAGCCACAACAUGCUUUGUAGCACUCCAUCCAAAAAUGAAGGGUGUGACCGGAAAAUAUUAUGUCGACUGCAACGAGAUGAAGCCGAGCUCCUAUGCCACAAACGAGAAGUUGGCGAAAAGACUGUGGGACUUCAGCAACAAAUUGAUUGAUGGAGCUUCUACUAAGGGCUGAUGAGAAGCAUGACAGCUUCUUCUGGACUCUGUGAUCAAAGUAGUACUAUUACAAUAUAUGAGCCCGCAAAGCAGGAGUAUUUUGUGGGACUAAUGCAUGCGACUGUGCAACUGUAAUGUCGAUGUUAUAACACGUUGUUGUUUGGUUAUUGUUUGUUGAUAGUAGUUGCAUUGUCUCAUUUAUUAUGUACUGCUUAUUAUAAAGACACGCACCAGUACCGGACCUCCGUGCUUUUCAAUUGA